GGGGUUUUGUGCUGCAUCAAACCAUGGUGAAGGUCAAGGGUAAACAUGCACAUGUGAAGAGAGACCAAACCCAAGGGUCAUCCUAACUGUAUAACAGCCAUUCUCAAGGGAAGUAAUCUAUUCCCCUCAAAAUCAAUCCAAUCUUGCAAAAGCAAGAAUUCACUUAUUACUGUAAGAAAGGCAUCAAGCAAUUCGUGAAGGCUCCUCCCCCAUGAGCAAAACACCUUUCACCAGGCCCCAUCUCCCAACACCUCUGGACUAGUACUCAGAUUUCCACAUGAAAUUUGGUGGGGACAAAUAAAUCACAUCCAAACCAUAGCACUAAGGUCUUGCCAACUUGCUGAACUUCACUAUAGCAUUAGUGGGUGGGAAACUAGGUAUUGUGCUGGAAUAAAGAAUGCUUUAUUCUUAGGCAUUCAAUACUCAUAACAGCUGACCAAAUUCUCCCCAGAGAUUAUGAGAACACUUGAUUUUUACCUUGAGAUAAAUGCCUUGCUAUUGUAUCUGAGAUACAGAGAGAGUUCUGCUGUUUCAUUCCAUAUACAGACCUUUAUUUAGUCUCUCUGUUUUUAGUCCUCUUCUGACUUCUCAUUCUUGCCCUCUGUCUGUGUCUCCAAAUCUUUCUAGAGCACUUCUGGGCAGAUAGGCUCCCUUCCUUUCUGCAGCAUCCUCUGCACUCAUUCUACAUUGUGGUUUCCUCCAUUUGUUUUAGUCAGACCAUACUUACUUGUGCAUGGCAAAUUAAAAAUAAUUAUCUUCCAAUUGUUGCUUUCUCAUUUUCUAUUUUGUGUAGGUAUUUAUCACUUUUAUCAUCAUUUUAUGAGGUUUCAGGAAGAAGAGGCAAUAAAUGUACUCAGCCAGCUUUAGUAAAAAGUUCCAAAUGUAGGUUUCAAAAAGAUAACUGGGGCAGGUUAGGAAACAACCAGUGCAGUGGCAAAAACAAACAAACAAAAAAUCUGAAUCUGUGUUACCACAGUAUUCCUGUGUAUAACUUAGUGCUUAGCUUCUUAAUCCUCUGGAUUCACAUAUUUUAGGGAUAUGAUGGAUCUCAGACACCUACUUCAAACUCCAUUUUACAGUCAAAUAGGACCUAGAGGUUACACAAGUCGAUAGUGGCAUAAUGGAGAACAGAAAGAUAUACUGAUCCCCAGUUAGUUUCUUUUACCUUACCACACUAUUGGGGAGUAUCAGGACCAGCAGGUCAGGAGUUAGAUGACAGAAGUCUUGAAACAUGGUGGCAGGAUGGCCCUUUCUGAGUUAACAGCUGGAUGUUCAAGAAACGGAAUAUUUUAGGAUGCCUGUCUGGCAGCACAUCGUCUAACAGUUGGUGGUCAUUAUGUUGGAAGUACUGACGGAGACAUUAUACAGCAAGCCCUGAAAAAGGCAAUGAUCCAAGUGUGUGGUGAUCCUGGGAGGGGACAAUUAGCGGGCAGGAUGAAACAGAAGUUGGUGAGUAAUCAUCCUCUACUGAUGACAGAAGGGAAAAUGCUCAUAGGUAUUAUGAAGGAGUAUAAACUGGUUAAUUACAGUCAUAGAAGAGAAAACGAUGACUCUUCACUCCUCUCAAAGGCAUUUUAAAUUAUUUUAAUAAACACUAGGAGGCUGGGAAUAAAUAUAAUCCACACCAUUCUUGCUUUAGAGAUACCUUAUCUACAUCCUUGAAUUAAUGGUUCUAGGUACCCUCUUUGGAUGGCUCCGACAAAGGAAAACCGACUGCAAUUCAGUACAGGAAUAUUGGGUUCCCUGAAAUCUGGCACUAGUUUGGGAAAGACCCUCCGAGCUAUCCUGCGGGAUAAGUAAAACAGCUAACAUCGUACAGUCUUUGGUACUGAGCAGGGACAUUAACAUUGACAUUAAUUUUCGCAACGCUCUCCUCUCCUGGCAGAAAAACGACGUGCGCUGGUGGGGGUCUUCUGGGAUGCCCGUGUGGACAUCCCAGUGCCUCAGUUCACAUUACUACCUUCCGCGGCCAGGUUCCGUAAAAGCCAAGAGGAUGUGGUGGGAGGAUCCAGCUUUCUUUGGACAAAGGAUGUCCAGUGCAGCCGUGAAUCCGUGGGGUCCUCAGACUGCGGCCCAUGGGCCACAUGAGGCGGUGUGAUUGUAUUUGUUCCCGUUUUGUUUUUUUACUUCAAAAUAAGAUAUGGUAUAAGAUAUUUCUUCAAGAUUGAACAGCUGGGAACCUGUUAUUUCUGAUUAACCUGAAGCUGACUUAUAGCCAUAGAGAAACCUCACGAAGUUCCAUCUUUCAUUUUCUGCCUUUACACCUUUAUUGUCACCUAAGUUCACCUUGCAACAAUGUAUGGAAGUGCUCGCUCUGUAGGGAAGGUGGAACCAAGCAACCAGAGCCCUGGGCGUUCACCUAGGCUUCCACGUUCCCCUCGCUUGGGUCAUCGUCGAACCAAUAGUACAGGAGGGAGUUCUGGAAGCAGUGCUGGAGGUGGCAGUGGGAAAACUCUUUCGAUGGAAAAUAUACAAUCUCUAAAUGCUGCCUAUGCCACAUCUGGCCCUAUGUACUUAAGUGACCAUGAAAAUGUGGGUUCAGAAACACCUAAGAGUACCAUGACACUUGGCCGAUCUGGGGGACGUCUGCCUUAUGGUGUUAGGAUGACUGCUAUGGGCAGUAGCCCCAAUAUAGCUAGCAGUGGGGUUGCUAGUGACACCAUAGCAUUUGGAGAGCAUCAUCUCCCUCCUGUGAGUAUGGCAUCCACUGUACCUCAUUCUCUUCGUCAGGCAAGAGAUAACACAAUCAUGGAUUUACAAACACAGCUGAAGGAAGUUUUAAGGGAAAAUGAUCUCCUGCGGAAGGAUGUGGAAGUAAAGGAGAGCAAAUUGAGUUCUUCGAUGAAUAGCAUCAAGACCUUCUGGAGCCCAGAGCUGAAGAAAGAACGGGCUCUGAGAAAAGACGAAGCUUCCAAAAUCACCAUUUGGAAGGAACAGUAUAGAGUUGUGCAGGAAGAAAACCAGCACAUGCAGAUGACGAUCCAGGCUCUCCAGGAUGAAUUGCGGAUCCAGAGGGAUCUGAAUCAGCUGUUUCAGCAAGAUAGCAGCAGCAGGACCAGCGAACCGUGCGUGGCGGAGCUGACAGAGGAGAACUUUCAGAGACUACAUGCUGAGCAUGAGCGGCAGGCCAAAGAGCUGUUCCUUCUUCGAAAGACCCUGGAGGAAAUGGAGCUUCGUAUUGAGACUCAGAAGCAGACCUUAAAUGCUCGGGAUGAAUCCAUCAAGAAGCUUCUGGAGAUGUUGCAGAGCAAAGGACUUUCUGCUAAAGCUACUGAGGAAGACCAUGAGAGAACGAGACGUCUGGCAGAGGCCGAGAUGCAUGUUCACCAUCUAGAAAGCCUUUUGGAGCAGAAGGAAAAAGAAAACAGUAUGUUGAGAGAGGAGAUGCAUCGGAGAUUUGAGAAUGCCCCUGAUUCUGCCAAAACAAAAGCUCUGCAAACUGUUAUUGAGAUGAAGGAUUCGAAAAUUUCCUCUAUGGAGCGUGGACUCCGAGACCUGGAAGAGGAAAUUCAGAUGCUGAAAUCAAAUGGGGCACUGAGUACUGAAGAACGGGAGGAAGAAAUGAAGCAAAUGGAGGUGUAUCGGAGCCAUUCUAAAUUUAUGAAAAACAAGGUAGAGCAACUGAAGGAGGAGCUAAGUUCGAAAGAGGCUCAAGGGGAGGAGCUGAAAAAGAGAGCGGCUGGUCUUCAGGCCGAGGUCUUUGCCAUUGGCCAAGUGAAACAGGAGCUGUCCAGGAAGGACACAGAACUGUUAGCCCUACAGACAAAGCUAGAAACACUCACGAACCAGUUCUCAGACAGUAAGCAACACAUCGAAGUGCUGAAGGAGUCGCUGACUGCUAAGGAGCAAAGGGCUGCCAUCCUGCAGACUGAGGUGGAUGCUCUCCGAUUGCGUUUGGAAGAAAAAGAAACCAUGCUAAAUAAAAAGACCAAACAGAUUCAAGAUAUGGCAGAGGAGAAGGGGACACAAGCUGGAGAGAUACAUGACCUCAAGGACAUGCUGGAUGUGAAGGAGCGGAAAGUUAAUGUUCUUCAGAAGAAGAUUGAAAAUCUUCAAGAACAACUUAGAGAUAAGGAAAAGCAGAUGAGCAGCUUGAAAGAACGAGUCAAAUCCUUACAGGCUGAUACCACGAACACGGACACUGCCUUGACAACUCUGGAGGAGGCCCUUGCGGAGAAAGAGAAGACAAUUGACCGCUUAAAGGAGCAGCGGGACAGAGAUGAGCGAGAGAAGCAAGAGGAAAUUGAUAACUACAAAAAAGAUCUUAAGGACUUGAAAGAGAAAGUCAGCCUGUUACAAGGCGAUCUCUCAGAGAAAGAGGCUUCACUCUUAGAUCUGAAAGAGCAUGCGUCUUCCCUGGCUUCCUCAGGACUGAAAAAGGACUCACGGCUUAAGACACUAGAGAUUGCUUUGGAGCAAAAGAAGGAAGAGUGUCUGAAAAUGGAAUCACAGUUGAAAAAGGCGCAUGAGGCUACAUUGGAAGCCAGAGCCAGUCCCGAAAUGAGUGACCGAAUACAGCAAUUGGAGAGAGAGAUUACCAGGUACAAAGAUGAAACCAGCAAAGCUCAGGCAGAAGUUGACCGCCUCUUAGAAAUCUUGAAGGAGGUGGAAAAUGAGAAGAAUGACAAAGACAAGAAGAUAGCAGAGUUGGAAAGGCAAGUGAAAGACCAGAAUAAGAAGGUAGCAAAUCUGAAGCACAAGGAACAAGUGGAAAAAAAGAAGAGUGCACAGAUGCUAGAGGAGGCCCGACGAAGGGAGGAUAAUCUCAACGAUAGCUCCCAGCAACUACAGGACAGUCUCCGUAAGAAGGAUGACAGGAUUGAAGAGCUGGAGGAAGCCCUAAGAGAAAGUGUACAGAUAACUGCAGAGCGAGAAAUGGUGCUAGCACAAGAGGAAUCAGCCAGGACCAAUGCUGAAAAACAGGUGGAAGAGUUACUGAUGGCCAUGGAGAAAGUAAAGCAGGAACUAGAAUCCAUGAAAGCAAAACUGUCCUCCACCCAGCAGUCUCUGGCAGAAAAGGAAACUCAUCUGACCAAUCUUCGGGCAGAGAGAAGGAAACACUUAGAGGAAGUUCUGGAGAUGAAGCAAGAAGCUCUUCUGGCUGCCAUCAGUGAGAAAGAUGCCAAUAUAGCUCUUUUGGAGCUUUCCUCCUCUAAGAAAAAGACCCAAGAAGAAGUGGCUGCGCUAAAGCGUGAGAAGGAUCGUUUGGUGCAGCAGCUCAAACAGCAGACACAAAAUCGAAUGAAGCUAAUGGCCGAUAACUAUGAGGAUGACCACUUCAAAUCCUCCCAGUCCAAUCAAACAAAUCAUAAGCCCUCCCCAGACCAGAUCAUCCAGUCCCUCUUAGAACUUGAUCAAAAUAGAAGCAAACUAAAGUUGUAUAUUGGACACCUGACAGCCCUCUGCCAUGACCGAGACCCCCAAAUCCUUCGUGGACUCACCCCACCAGCUUCCUAUAACUUGGACGAUGACCAGGCAGCUUGGAACAACAAGCUGCAGAAGAUGACUCAAGAGCAGCUUCAGAAUGAGUUAGAAAACGUUGAACGGGACAAUGCAGAACUACAGGAGUUUGCCAAUGCCAUUCUUCAGCAGAUUGCAGAUCAUUGUCCUGACAUCCUAGAGCAAGUGGUCAAUGCAUUAGAAGAGUCUUCCUGACCCUGCUUCGUGGGGAAGGUCAGCCAGGAGCCAAGAAAGGACAACUAAAAGGAGUCAGCAGAUCCUUCUUGGCACCAAACACUACAAGGAAUAACCAGAACCUUCUUGGCACCAAACACUACAAACAACAUCCCAUCUUGCUCACUUAAAGAAUUGUGAUUCCAGCGGCAUUUCUAAUCUUCUGUCAUCUUCCUCUGCCUUUCUGUUUUGGAUGUGGUCUCUACAGUGAUUUUCUGGAUGUCCAGGGUGGGUAAAUGGCUGAGUCUCUCUGAAGAACUGCCAUCCAGUCAUUAACAGUGGGAACUGUGGAAACUGGUGGCUCUGCCCUACAGGGGGCAUGGGCAGAGAGCCCCCUCUCCUCCUGUCCUUUGGCAUGAGAACAAAACCCAGAGCCUCCUUGGAAUUCAACAAGUUGAGAGAAUGCUUCACAUGAGCCAGAGAGCUGAGUGUUCCAAUAUCACAAUAGGUGCUUUCUUCUAAAAGGGUUUUAAAAAGUCUCGAAAGGGUAUUAGAAUGAGAAUGGGAAAAAGAGAAAACAGGGACAAAGAAAACCGACUCUUCUCACUGUCUCUUCUGCUUUCUUUCCUCAUGUGAUGUUUUCAUGGGGACCUGUGAACAAGGCUUUGAGACCUCUCAUCCCCCACAGUGAGUCUGCACCCAGCCCUGUCUGUCCCAUCAUUCCUCACUCUGUCUUUCAUCUGGUUAUCAAGAAGAUGGUGUGAAGAGUUACUCCUAGUCUCUCUUGCUGUAGUUAGCCGUUAAUGGUUUCCUCCAGGACGCCGCCUGCUUCCCUGCACUCUGGCCCGAGCCCCUAUAGCCCAGCAGUUGCUGAAGUUGAAGGUCCAUUUGUGCCCUUUCAGCUGUUUUCUUGGCUUACCCUCUCAGAACUUCAGCCUUGUGCAUGCCUGCAACCUUCUGGUACAAAUGAAGGUUUCUUAUCCCACACAUAAGCUUUUCUCCACACUUUCAUCCAGAGAAUAUUUAUGAAAUGCCUACUCUGUACAAGUCACUGUGUUAGGCACCGAUUCUUGAAGAAGUCUUUUUUUCUGGUGUGAAAGAGCCAUGCAUGGUUCAGUCAAAGGAGUGAAAAGCGUAUCCUUCCCCUCCCGCAUCUUUAUAGAAGGUAUCUUUUUUCUAGAAAAGUCAUAAGUCAGCAUUUCUCAUCUCUCAUUAUAAUGGAAGUGAUAGGUGUCAGGGGCUGAGUCGCCUCUUUGCUUAUGGGGCACCACUUGGUGGUUCAGGAUUUUUGCUGUAUGCUGUGUUACCCUUAAGGGGCUAUGAAUUUCCACUUGUGGCAAGCCAUUUCCUACAUAUCUACAUGUGCCUGGGGGACUCAGCCAGCUCCACUUUACAAAUCAGAACUUUGACCCCAAAGCUGCAAAGCCAAUUGAAAGUACUGUCACUUUGAAGGGCAUUUUUCCCAAGCAUGGACAACAGCCAUGGUGAAUAAUCAGGUUCCAAGAACCAGACCACCUAACCUACAUCUAGCCCUUUGACCAACUCUGCCACCAGUGGACCACCAGACACAUCUUCUGAGGAGAGCUGCUGGGCUAAAUGUUUUUGUCUUGCAGUUUCUCCUCCCCCAGUUACUCAGAGAAUGUAAUACUGCCCGUCAAGUCAAUAGCUCUAUCAGUGCAAGGUCUUCCCCUCCCCAGCUUUGGAUGAUCCCAUCAAUCUAUACAGUCAGGUCUCCACUCCCCUGCUGUAAAGCAGCUUCUCUCGUGUGAGAGAUCUGAUGUGCUCAGCCUAUAAACCUCUCAGUGAGACGUGUCCUUACAGCCUGGCUGGCCAGAGGGGGGUCAGGGGCUAGCAGUAAGUGGUGGUCAUUUGUGGUUAAUUACCUCAAUUCUAUGUAUUUAUUGCACUACCCAUAAAUCGGAUAGAAAGUUCCUAGUACUUGAGAGCUGGAGUAUUAUCCACCAUAGUGUAAAGAACCAAAGUAUGACAACAGCCUUCACAGGGCUGUAGCAGAGCAGCAAGAGCAGGGGAGGUCAUGCUGAAGGAGUGGCCUGGCCCUGGCCGGCAUCUGCUGUACGUGGGGAAGAUGCCGUAGGUCUUCCAGACCCCACCCACCUGGCCCUGGUCAGCAGACACAGUGUGCCCCUGUGCCCUCACCACUGAAUGUGUGACUAUCACUGCAUUCUCCUUCCUUCUCUCAUUUCACCCUUCUCCAUCUCCUCCUCUCCAGAAAAACUUACAAACCCUAUGACAAGUGCUUCUGAGAAGAGAAGUUCCUGGGACAGACAUCUCUGUCUCAGCAGAGAAGCUCCUCGAUCCUUCUUGGGCUCUGAUCUGGCAUCUCAAAUGAUUCAGGGGCUAUUUGGCUAAAGGUUAAUGUUAAAUCUGUUCUGCAUUUGUGUUGCAGGAGCAGAGUCAAUGCAGUUUCUAGCAUCUUUUAGAGUAUCUUAUUUAAUCUAGAUCACAGUAGGACUUGUCAUUACAUGAUCCUUUCCUGGUAUUCGUGGUAACUAAGCUGCUAUUCAAGGUAGGGAAUGUUGAAAACUCACUGCAGGAUGCCUGUAAUCUUCCUCAAACUCAUCCAUUCCAUUGGCAAAUGUAGUUACUCCUUUAGUACCUAAAGGAACACCCUAAAUUAAGGUCAUAAGGAGGGAAAGAAGAGUGGGUGUAAUCCAGCCUGAGGCCCAUGACUAAAGAAGUGCACGUUUCUUAUCCCAGGGACUCAGUUGAGUUACUGAUGAAGUAUCAGAAUUGAAAUUUUCAAGUACUUGGUUACCAUUUGAAAUGGAAGGAUUUUAAAUGGGCUUUAACAUGUUGAGAAAUAUGAAUGGAAAUCCCCAAAUUCAUCUCAGCUCCACCUUUGUCCUUGCACCUUACAAUCAAGAUCUAAGUCUGUCUCUCUCUUUCUUACAUAUGGGCUUUAGAAAUACUAGUAAAGCAGACUGGGCCCAAGGAACCACCAUUAAUGUUGAUAAUGGCAACGUAAAAUGCCAUUUUUGGUCAAUUUAAGCCUGUUUGUCUUCGGAUGAGGAGCUCCUGGGCUCACCCACUCCCCAGAGUGAGGGAGAGAAGAGGAAGGGGGAGUCAUCACAGAGUCCUAGUCAGCUGCUGAAGUCAUCCCUCCCCGGUCAAUGGUCAGGGCUGUGAAGGAAACCAGAGUAUAUCCCCUCAAAAUAUAACUUUCUGACUACCCUGGCAUUUGGCAUUGGGAUUUGCUGAUAGAGAGUCUUGCUCAUCCCGGAGCCAGCCUGCCCCACCUGACCACCUUACUGAAGCAGAGGCCCAUCUACUGGCCACUCUUUGGGGCGUGGGGAGGAGGUCUUUGUGGGAAGAACAAACCAAGGACUACAUCAUGAAUAGUGCAACCCUUCUAUGGCAUUUCCUACGUGCCAGUGGACCCUGUGUCAGCAAUACAAGAGACACAUCUGCCCCCAACCUCAUGUCCACGUGCAGGAGUCCAGAGCCAUGGACAGGAGAGCAGACUACAAAGUACCUGCCACCCGCGGAGCCUGCAAGGCCAACCUUCCCAUCACUGCCAACCCCCAGGCUUCUCAGGCACAGACUUGAACCAUUCAAAGAAAUGUUUUAAAGAGAACCUGGAGUUUCCCCCAUGUGAACUAAGGGAAUAUAUAGGCAAGAAAAACAUUACGUGGAAAUUCUUCUGAACAAAAUGGCUGUCCUUACUGACUCUUUUUAAGGAAAAACUGUUCCCAAACUUUUUAGUGUCAAAACUGUAACCAGGUGUUUCCUGAUUUUUUUCAUUGUGUUUGGUGAGUGCUGUGACCUUGUCGUAGGUAUUUCUCCACUAACUCUUUGGGGGAGAAGUGGUUUAGAGAUUGAUUUGGGGGAAUGGGUUUUCGUCCCAUCCACCUCUUUUGUUUCUCUGCUUGUUGAUGUUGUCUGUGUUAUUCAGAGAACUGGGGCAGUUACAUUGUGUCCAUUUUUGAAAUUAUUAAAAUAUUAAAAAGUAGUUGUAGAACUGAAAAAUUAAAGAGUUGUGUUUUAAAAAUGCAAACCAAUAUCAUGUUAAUAAAGGAAUUCAAGCUAUGGGGCAGCCACACUCCUCCCCUCCUCCCAAGCUGGUGGAGGUGGCAGCUGGGCGGGUGGCUUGGGAAACACAGUGACCACACUCCAGAUGGGCAACUGCCUGGGGAGAGACCACUGCUGAGUGAAAGGAAUGCAGAUCGGGGGCUCAGAGACUCCCAGUUGUGCCAGAUGUUCCAUCUAUCCUCAGGCCCUUUAGGUAGCAGUCUCACGGUUUAUGACCCUAGAACCACCCUAACCCCCACAUCAGUCCCAGCUCAGUGUGCCUAAUACUGCGUGGUAACCUGGGCUUGACCCUGAAGCCCACACCUGGCAGGCCACAGGACCUCCCUCCUGCCCACUUGGUGCUAUAUCAUCCAGCAGCCUGUCCAGUAUGGGCCCAGCGCUGGCCAGCCUGGAGCCUGCAAUCCAGGUGAAAUGACUCGCCUUCCCUUCUCUACUCCUUCUGGCUUCAGUCCUUUCAUUCUUUCCCUUUCAGCUUUUUAGGUCCUGUCUCUCAGUCCUAGAGAUACCACAGUCAGGAAGGAACUUGAACCCUGCUGAAGCCAGAAAAUCCACCCCUGGGCCGGAGUGAGCCUUUUGAGUCCAGCCCCCCUUUCCACACUGCACCAGUAUUGCAUUCACCCUCCAUGCGGCUUGGCCUGGCCAGGGCACCACGCCAGCUGUCCAGCCUGCCCACCCCAUUGUAGGACCAGCUUGGGAACCUGCCACCCACAUCAAAGUGUCCAAGGGCCUGGGGUUUGUUCCCCUGUGUUUCAUAAGAGAAAUGCCGCGCUCUUAGUGGGGGAGCUGAGGAGUCAGUGCAAGGUCCUGCCUCCCUGCAGCUUGAGUUCCUUUUGGUAAUAAUAGCAGCCCAAACGGUGAUGUCCCUGAUGCAGAUGCACCUGCUGCCUUCAACUGUAUGUGUGUGUUCCUGCUGGAGUCGUGUUACUGACAGGAUAAUAACAUUACAAAGAAAUUGUGUUACAUUCAACUUGGCCUUGAUAAUUAUUGUAAACACUUUGUUCAUUUUUUCUUUUUUAUUCACAAACUAAAUCCAUCGGGAAAUUAUAAAGUUAUUUAAAAA